GUUGCUUCACUGCUAAUCACAGGAAGGAGAGAGAGACUCUUCAUUUCUCUCCAACAUGCACCAGUUCAGAGACUCUGACAGUAAAUGACCGAGAAGCAACAGAGAAACCAGGUGGAUUACAAUGUUUUUAUUUCUGAUACUGGCGCUUCGGUCUACCGCCACUGAGCAGUUGUCCUCCGUCAUCGUCCGGGCCGGAGGGGAGGUCACGCUGCCCUGUGAGAAUGUCAUACGUGACCAGGUGGAAUGUGACAGCACUGACUGGAUCUUCAGUCACCAUGGGAAAAUAGAGGACCUAGUAAAAAGUGGCAGGAUCUGUGGAGAGAGUGCCAAAGAUAAAUCCAAGAGACUGAAGGUCACAGAGAACUGCUCUCUGGUUAUAACGGAGGUCACGGCUGCAGACGGCGGUCGCUACGACUGUCAACAAAUCAAAUCGGGACAACAACAUGCAGAGGAUGCUCUGGUUUAUCUGUCUGCCGUCGAAAUGACCGAGGAUAAGGUGGAUGACGAGGUGAGGUUCUCCUGCUCGGUGCCGGCACACGAGCUCACACACGCGGUGAAGUGUCUGUUCGAGGAUCCAAGCGUGGCGGAGGACGGCGGCGGCGAGGGCACGCCGUCGUCCAGCUGCACCGCCACGGUUCCCGCCUCUCGUCUCGAGCAGAGGCCAAAGUAUCGCGAGUCAUUUAAGUGUGAAGUGACUGAAAGUUUGUUUCAAAGCGUGCAGCAGUUCACCUUCAGCUCCUCAGGCGAGGACACGACGGCAGCAGCGGUAACAAGGAGAGCUGAAAACAGCAGCGACUGGAGGACCGACGUGGCGGUGCCUGGUCAAACACCACAGAACUGGUGGUUGUACGUUGGUGUGGCCGUGGGUUUAGCAGCACUCUUAACAACUUCGGUGGCAGUCGCCACGUGGAAGAGACGUGAAGGGAGGAAAACGCAGCUGGAUAAAAAAACUGGACAGAGUUUAAACCCAACGGAGACUAAGUCUGGUGCAGACUCCAGUCGGGACACGGCUGAUCCUGAGGAGGCUGUUUGCUACGCCUCCGUCAGCUACGUGAAGAAGACCAACAGCGAAGGCCGGGCGCGAGUCAAAGAAGAUGAAGGUGAUGCAGUGACCUACAGCGCCGUGAAGGCGGCCUCCUCCGCUCCGGCUGAUCCCAGCAUGAGCGUCUACGCCACCGUCAGCAAACCAGAACCAAACAGAGACCACAGCGCCUGAGAACCAUUCCACCCGUUUACCUGUACAUCCAACGUCGUGUCUGGAUGAACGUUGGAGUCUUGUGCCCGUCCCCACCUGUCAGCGGAAUCCACAAACCAGGAAAACCACAAAACCUUUGAAAUGAUGACGGUGAAAUGACAAAAGUCACCCUGGGUGUCGGUCACCGCUCCUGCGACGACAGAGGGAGGAUCCUGGGAUGCAUUGUUGUUAAAAGCUCUUUGUCCAGAAGGGGGCGCAGUAGGUUAAAUUAGUAUGUGAAAAAAGCUAAUGUACAAGAUUUGAAACAUUAAUAGAUCAGCCAACGACUAUUUUCUCAGUAAAGAUAUAAUGUGUGUUGUGAUCUGAGCUUCCUGUUCCUUUUGCCGGCCGUGAGGUCUCUCUGAGUACCGACCCUACUUCCACACACACACUCACACACGAAAAAAAAACACUUUCCUUCACAGGAGCGAAACAGCACAGUGGCGACAACCAUCUAAAAAAAGUUUUCAGAUUCGGCUUUCUGAAAUACGGCUGAGAAAAGGUCAAUAUUUCUGAGGCUGCUUCAUCAUUUGACUGAUAAGAUCAUAUCUGAUUAAAGAUUAAUGCAGCUGUUACUAAGACAUUUCAUCCAUUUGGUUAUUCUUCAUGUGGCCAGAAGCUUUUCUUGGGUUGUUGGUUUUUUUUUCUAAACAGUGAAUCUAAACUCUAACUAAUAAAAUAAGUCUCUUUUUUUUGA